AUGGGGGCAUUCCAGCAACUGAUGGCAAAAAUGAUAGCAGGCCUGGAAGGAGUUGACGCAUUCUUAGACGACAUCAUCAUUCACAGUGAAGACGAAGAAAAACAUUACGCAGCUCUCACUGCUCUUUUCAAGCGUCUGCGCGAUUAUGGUUUCCAUUUACGUCUGGACAAAUGCCGGUUCAACCAAAAGGAAAUCAAGUAUCUCGGACACAUAGUUGAUGCAAAGGGGAUCCGGCCCGAUCCAGCGAAAAUAUCAGUAAUCUCCCAGAUGCCUCCUCCAACUGACGUUACAACUCUACGAUCAUUCUUGGGUGCCGUUAACUUUUACGGAAAAUUUGUUCAAGCAACGCACCAGUUACGCCAUCCUCUGGAUAAUCUGUUGAAGAAUGACGCAAAGUUUAUCUGGAGCCAGGAAUGUCAGCAUGCGUUUUCGGAUAUCAAAAGGGUGAUGCAUCCAAACCGGCAUCGGAGCAGUCAUUAUGCAUCGGUUUCCCAACGGCACCAUCAAAGCGAUUUCACACGCUGCCAAAUCGCUCAAUCAAGCAAAAUUACAGCUGAGCAAAAUUACAGCCAGAUUGAGAAGGAAGCACUUGCGUUGGUGUUUGCCUGUACAAAAUUCCAUCGCAUGCUUUGGGGUCGUCGUUUUAGACUGCAAACCGACCAUCAACCGUCGCUGAAAAAUUUCGGAUGCAAAAAGGGAAUUCCGGUUCACACAGCUAACCGUCUCCAGCGUUGGGCACUAACUCUAUUAGGCUACGAUUUUGAUAUCGAAUUCGUGUCAACGCAUAAUUUCGGAUAUGCUGAUGUUCUUUCACGCCUGAUAAAUAAUCACGAGAAGCCAGACGAGGAAGCAGUAAUCGCAAUGGUUCGCGCUGAGGCAGACGUCAGUUUUGGAUUGCAAGACACUCUGCAAAACCUUCCGGUCACUGCUGAAAUGAUGCAAGAUUCAACAGCUAAAGAUCCAGUGCUGCAGAAGGUGAUAUAUUAUAUCCAGGAUGGCUGGCCGGUGCGUAGCAAAGCUAUUCCUGAGAUCGAGGUAAGACCGUUCUUUGGCCAUCGAGAAUCCUACUCAUUGGUUGGUCGCUGCGUGAUGAUGAUGGAUCGAGUCGUUGUUCCCGUAAGUUUCCAGAAAAGUAUUCUUAAAUGGAUUCAUCAAGGACAUCCUGGAAUCGAGCGAUCAAAAGCAAUUGCUCGAGGUAUUGUUUUCUGGCCAAGAAUCGACAAAGACAUUGAUGACUAUGUUCGAAGAUGUUCAGAUUGUGCAAGUGCUGCAAAAUCUCCAACACAAGCAAACCCACAGCCCUGGCCAACUGCUGACGGUCCAUGGCAACAUCUUCAUUUAGAUUUUGCGGUCCAUUGGAAGGAUACUACUAUCUUGUUCACUCAUCCGCAAUCAAAUGGUCAAGCGGAGCGGUUUGUGGAUACCCUGAAGCGUUCACUAAAGAAAAUUAUUGGAGGAGGAGAAACAUCAACCGCAACAGCACUUCAAACGUUCCUGCACAUCUACAGAUCAACACCCUCUGCCGUGCUUGGUGGGAAGUCACUUGAUCAAUCAAUGAUUGGACGUUCCAUGCGGACAACUCUGGACCUUCUACGCACCACGUGCUCACCUGUUAUGCAACAAACAAAACACAAUCGAAGCUUUAAAGCUGGAUCACCUGUUUUUGCCAAGGCGUAUUCAAGCAAUGAAAGCUGGAAGUGGAUGCCUGGUGUUGUGCUCGAACGAAUCGGCAAUGUCAACUACAACAUUUUGCUAAAUCAUCAGGUUGGCCGUCGCAAAGUGCUUCGAUCUCAUAUUGACCAAUUGGAGAUUCGUUCAAAAGAUGAACCUUUGUCAGUAGAUAAACCAGUUCCGUUACAAAUUCUCAUUGAGAGUUUCGAACUGCAGCAGCAAGCAGUCCCGGUACAGUAG